UGGAAGCGUCAAAGCGGUGGAAGACGUAAACAAAAUGCUCGUUAGUAUCUAACUUCUCUCUAGUGUCUGUUUCUGUUCGUUUAUCAGUUCCUGGCCUCUGCUGUGUUGCUACCAUGGCAGUUGCAACGGUUGAAAGUACUACCCUGGAAAAAAUUCUGAAUUUUGUAAAUGACAAUGGCUACAAGGAGCUGAUGCAAAAUUCUGCAAGAUAUAACAUUCGAAUGAGAAAGGAUAGAAUAUACAGACAGCCUUAUAUUGAUGGCCAGACAGGUGUUGCUCAACGCCACUGCCAUCUGUUCGUCAGUGAUAAGCAUCGUAUGCCGGGAAUUCUUCAAGGUCAGGUAUAUACUUACCCUGCACGGAGAUGGAGAGCACAACAUCGUUCAUACUUAGGGUCCCUAAUGCAGGCUGCUAAAGCAGAUCCAGAUGAACACACAAUCACAACAGUGGAAAACCCAGCAGCUAUUGUUACAGCUGAGGAAGAACCUGCUCCACCUGAGAAAGUGGUACCAGUGCCUGAGCAGUGGGCUACAUUUUAUGAUGAGCCAACAUAUGAAGAUGAACUUGAAGAGGACUUCGAGAGUGAGGAAGAUUUUGAUGAUGAAACUUACAAUCGCAAAGGUAACAAACGAAAAAAGACUCCUGUUGGCAGGAAGCCUAAGGUCCCUGGUGGGAUCCCUAAGAAAAGCUCCAAAAAGAAGACAACUGAGAAUAGCACGCAGCGAGGGCCCAAAAAGAAGGGUGUUGGAAAGACUCCAUCAAAACCUAUGAAAAACACGAAGAAAGAUGAGGAUGAUACCACUGGAAAGCCCUACUCUUGUGAAUUGUGUGGGAUGCGGUAUAAAACAAGGCCUGGUCUUACAUAUCAUUAUGCUCAUUCCCACAAAGAAGAUGACAAAGAAGAUAGUAAACCUAAGGCUCCAACUAGAUCUUCAGAGCCACCUCAGGCUAGUGAACCAAAUUCUGACUAUUUAAGUGGUGCACCUCAGCCAACUGCUACACCUAACUGGGGACGUUCAUCUGGCCGUCGAGCUGGAGGCAAUCCUGUAGGGGCUGGACCAGCAGUACCAUCAGCUUUGUCAUCUCCUACUGAACAUACUCCAGUUGAAAAAGGUGCUAGCAAGAAGAAAGUUUCUGCAUCUCCAUAUUGUGACUUCUGCCUUGGAGAUUCAUCUGAAAAUAAGAAAACUGGGUCUCCUGAAAGUCUUGUUUCAUGUGCUGAUUGCGGACGUUCAGGCCAUCCUACUUGCCUUCAGUUUACAGCUAAUAUGAUGAAGAGUGUUGUGAAGUACCGAUGGCAGUGCAUUGAAUGCAAAACUUGCACAUUAUGUGGGACUUCGGAAAAUGACUACUGAUUGCCGUUACUCUACCUCAACUACAAGGCAACUUUCCGGGUUUUAUAGAUGUUUUGGUUUUGUCUACAUAGACUAGCUCUAACUAAUUUACAGAGUACUUUUGUACAUGAAUACAAUUAUGAUGUCACCAAGUCUGAAUUUUGUGGCCAAUAAAAAUACUUCAAAACAUUGAGUGUAAAGUAUUUUUUUUUAAUACAGUACAAACCAAUUAAUUACAUGGCACAAUUUGUGUGUCUUCACAAAUCCUUGAACUCCACUUUUGGAGCCAAAAGAUCAUCAUCUACUGGCUGGUUGACAACAUCAUGCAUCUACAGACUAGGUUCCCAGUAGGUAAGAGUCUUAAUUCUUAUGUAGUCUAGAGGCAGGACCAUGAUUGCAUGUUAUGGGUUUGUAGUGAAACCCUGAUUUUGUUUUAAACAAAAAUUCAAUUUGUUGCACUUGUUAUUGUUGAAAAUUAAGCCAGCAAAAUGCCGGCAUGGGCUCUUGCUCUCAGAGCAGCACUUAAGCAGUUUCACUUACAAACACAUAAAAAACUUCACUUACUGACUAGAACAAAGGUUUCAUCUGUGAGCUCCUAGACUUAAAUAAAUUUGCUCGUAAAAACAGAAUCCAAUGCUCUGAAAAACAGUCAUAGCAGGAGAGUUGAAAUCAUAUAGAUUUCUAGUCCCUGACAUUGAACAUGCCAUUUUUCUUUUUUGCCUAAAAUAAAUUUUGGAAAUUUCAUUGGCAUAUCCUAAUCCCAGUGGAAGGCUAUCUUUGCUAGAUAGUACUCAGAACUCCUGUAUAUGACCCCCGAAUGAAGUGUAUAAAUUACUCUUUCUUAAAAUAGCAAAUAAACAAAAGUAUAAAAAAUAUUCAGUCACAAAGAUUCCUCCCUUUGUUGGCAGAUUAUGGUAGACAAGUUUCUUCUCAAACAUCAUUGACUUUAAGGGAAUGUUAAUUGAUCAAAAGUAAAACUGUGGCAUGUUAUAAAAGGUUCUCCGCUUCUGACGUCACAUUUUCCCGCUUCUGACGUCACAUCGAACAAAGUUUGUCGGGCAAAGUUCGACAGUGGACGGGGCUUAAGCUUACAUCCAAUACAUCAUAUCAAAAUCUUAGUACUACUACAACAGAUGUAGCCCCCAUCUAUUUGUAUGCAAUCAGAUACUAUUGGAUGCUUGGGCAGCUCAAACCAUACAUUACUUUGUAACCUGUUAAGUUUUCAGUUUGUUGGUACUAUGUCAACUUUCAGAAAGACUUAUUUAAUAUUAAUAUCAAUGAACUUGAAAAACAUAAAACAAAGUAUUGAUAAAAUUAAUUAACUGAACAAGUACAAUAAUCAAUAUGCUGUAUGUACUAGGAGAAUUGCAAACGUAAGAAGCAACAACCCCCUGAUAAACAUUUUUGUAAAAAUAUAAACUUAAAUCCAGUAAAUUUUAAAAGACAAUAUAUAUUGUACAUAAUGGAACAUUUAAAAAAACAAAAUUAUGCUGUUUAACCUGCCUUGCCAGACGCUACACCGAUCACAAAAAAAAAAAAAAACACACACACACACACACACACUCAAGAAACUUUAAGGACUUUACGUGAGAGGCCUUAGACGUUCCCUUCUAUUCCUCCUCCCUAAAGAAGAUGGGGAGGUGACAGAGGGACAUAGUUUACCCUCCUUAAUUAGUACUAGCUUUCUCCCUGACUAGGAGCAAUAGUCCCUGGGAGGAAAACUGCUAUUAUAGACUCAACCACAUUUAACUCUUAGUGGCCGAGGCAAUAGCUGAUGCAAUCAUAAGGAUUGCAGCAACAGCAGACAAUGUGUAGAAUAAUGUCUAUGACCUUACAUCCCAUGAUAUUCCUUCUUAGAAUGGGUAUCAUGGAAAGACUUUUGUAGACAAAGGAAAGUCGUAGGCCAAAAACAUAACCAUUACUUCUUUUACCUAAUGUUUCCAGGCAGCCGUACCAUCUCCCCUACAACUGCAAUACUACUGAAAUUGCAAUGAAGACUUAUAGAGCUAUUAAGCUUCUUAGAUGUCCAAGAUUGUCACAAAGCCUAAAAUACUUGAAUGAUGUGACAUUUAUACUACCAUCUUGGUGGUAGAGCAGUUGUUGAUAGCCUAAAAAUCAUAGUUGAGAGUAAAAAUACAAUCCUGUCUGUAUCUCCUGUUAGCAUUCCACCUAUUCAAUAAUGGCUAUGACUAUACUUCACUUGGGGGAUCUUGACAUGCAUGAUAUCCCGUGUAUAUUCAUAUAUUACUAGUCACUCUCAUCUAUCACAGAGGUCCGACCUAUUUCACAUUAACAUCAGAUGCAGGACUCCUGUCAUGUCCUUGAAUAAAGUCUGUGAUUGAAACUUUCACUGGAUAUGUCAACUGAGAAAGUGGCCAGCUGCAAACACCAUCCUGUCACUACCUCUGGAAUGAGACUGUCCAUGUUUUCUGUUGGCUACAAGUGCCCAAUUGUAUUUCAGGUGUGCUUAGACUCAGAGUCCCUCAUGUAUGAAGUUCAAGGAAAUCAGAGAGGGUAACUAGCCAUAGGUACAUGUAUGUGGCUAUGUUCACUCUAGCCAGUCAUAUGUUGAGAAAGAGUCAAUGCUGUAAUAAGUAAUUUGUUCCUGUCAUCGAUUUCCACUGGGCUUAGGAUCCUGGCAAGAAAAGGCUGUGUUCACUGAGGAACUUGAACAACUGAUCCAGAUACUCACUUCUAGAUAACCUCGGAGAAAUCUGAUGCAACUGGUACUGGGCUCUUCACCAUGAAAUUCAUCUCGGGUAACUAUGGGCAACUUUGAAGUCCUGUGUUCCUGCAGAGGAUCCUUAAAAAAGACAAAUGGGUCGAUUGUCAUAGUAGGAAAUGAGUCCUGUGCACCUGAAGAGGAUCCAAAGAGCAAAGACUGACAAGACUUUGGUUCAAGAUAAAAGACUGCAUUGCAACUAUCGACAAAAACAGCAACAGCACACUAACUGGGAACACACUCAGUAGGGGCACACCAGCAUUAGAAAUUCCAGACAUAUCAAGUAAACUUUAUCUGGUCAGCAGCCAAAACAGCUGGUACAACUAGUCAUGCAGAAGAGAGCAAUUGCACCCCAAAGAGAACUGCAUCACCAAGUUUGUUAUCUGUCUUCAUAUACGUAAAUGUAUAUGUUGAAAGCAAGCCGAAUGUAACAAGUUAUAAAAUUUUGUCAUGCUAAAGUAUGUAAAAUGUUCAAGAAACUUUUAGGAAGCAACUUUUAAAGUUAAUAAUGUUAUUUAAAUACUUUAUAAAAUCUAUAUAAUACCUGUAAUAAAGUAUCCUCCCUCCAAUGAACUCUCUUGAAUGGAAGGAAUGAAAAGGGAGCUGUGCUAAUAUUAAAAUUCUCUACUGAUAAUGUCUGUACAUAUCAGAAAUAACAAUAACCUUUCAUAAGAAAUAUAAUACAGAAUUAUAUCCAAAAAUUCACAAAGGAUUGAUUAGUCAAUAAAAAGACAAACCAACAAAAUUAAGAGCCGAUUGCUUGUAGUUUAAACACUGAAAAGCCUCCAAAGCACCACUGAAAGGAUAUUAGGGCAGAAAACAAACUUACUUGUUAAGAGCUGAAUGACACCUUAUCAACAUAUAAUGCACAAAUGAGAUACCUGUAGUAAUAGUGCAAUGCAAACUGGCCUAACAGCACAGCGCUCAACUAGCACCUACUACCUUAUUACAAACUCACACUUUCCUAGGUCUACUUAAGACUCGGAGGUCUGGGAAAACUAAGCCCUGAUAAUAAUAAUAUAAUAAUAAUAAUAAUAAUAAUAAUAAUAAUAAUAAUAAUAAUAAUACUGUAAUAAUAAUAAUAAUAAAUAAUAAUAAUAAUCUGUAUCUGAAUGGUAUAAAAUAUCACUAAAUGACAGAAGAAUUUAUAAUUAAUAAAAUCCAAGCAACUGGACAUGGUUGAACUAAGUACUACUUAACUUCAAAACACUAUACUUACUUUGAAUAUAGAGGGAAAUUUUCUAAUUUCCUAAUUUACCCCCCCAAAAAAAAUGGCUAAGAUAUCCACAAAAUCUCUGAAACACAAUAAACUGUUUGUAACAGCAAAGUAGAUACACAAAAAGUGAGGUUCUUGCCUAUUUAGAACUACUGCCAGCCAGCCAAUAGACAAUCUUCUUGGCACUCUGUAAUGUAUUGUCUAGGAUUUGGUAAGACCAUGAAUUGGUAUAUAUAAAUGAUGGAUUUGUAAGUCCUACAAGUUUAUUAUGAUAGGGAGUGUAGAGUGUAUACAUAGAUACAUUAUACCUGAAAUUUUAAAUUUACUGUGGAAACACUGUAAAAGGGGACAUGCAAACUACAUGAAAUGUAGAAAGUUAUAGCCUAUCAUCAUAUACUACAAACUCAGUUUUAAGAUGAUCAAGAUCACAUUACUCGAACAUGCAUGCGCUUCUUUUCUAUGAGGUAUUCUCUAUCUAUCAUGAAACAAUAGGUUUGUUCUGACAUUUCUUUUUACCAACUACAUAAGUCUAGUAGAGGCCAUUUAUUCUAAUUUUAACAGCUAAAGUAUGAAUGAAGUUUUUGUCAAAUUAGGAUGACACAUUUAUGACCUUGACUUGAAGAUAAAACAAAAUUUUUUUACAUUCUUUAAUUUCAUCAUAACCAAGUGGGAGCCUGUAACUUUGACAUGCAAGGAUAAGGUCAGUAGUUUCUUGUUUCAUAACUUUAGAACAGGCUCCAACUGUUGGAGAGGCAACAUGAAAACAGCCACAAUCCUAAUGUUAUACAUACUUUUAUUUAUGCUGUCCCACAUACAUAUGGCAUUUCAACACUCUCUGAAUUACUUCGACAUUGAUCCUUUACUUGUUUUGUCUCCGUGUUUUUUUUUAUUCUAUGUAACUUUCAUCUUUGAUUUCUUUUACAAAACUUCUAAAUUUAUAUGAAUCCCUACGACCAAAACUAAAUUAAUUUUUACAAUGUGGUGAGUUCACAAUGCUUAAAAGCCCUCAGAAAGUAAAUUACUCAAAUACGUCACUGUUGUAAUUCAUUAGUGUUAAGGGAAGCCUGUAUGUAGUCUCUACCUCUGAUAACAACAAUUUAUAAAUGUUUGUGUGCUUGCAUGAAAAAUCUAUGCAUUUUUAACAUUUUGUUAGAAUUGUGUUUUUGGUUUAAUUAUGUGAACAACAGUAGUUUUUAUAGAGAAAUCUUCCCAUACCUGAGUGUUCAAGAAUUAUUCCUUCUGGGUUGAAACCGUCAUUAAAUGCAGUACAGAAUAGUGACUGAGCAAAGUAUUAUGUGAUGUGAUGGAAUAUAUGCAGUGCAGCACACUAAGUGAGUAAUGCAGUAAAUAAUGUGACAGAAAAAAUGACCGAGGUGCACACAAAGACUUCUGGAUCACAAACAGAAUAAAAGUCAUUAGAAAAACUUACUAAUAAUAUGUUACUGUUUACUGUAAGAAUAUGUAUGAUUCAUGUGGUGUUUAGUAUAAACAUUUCUUUCAGUAUUUCUUUACUUCACUUAUUGCUCAAAACACCACUAUGUAGUAAGUUGUAAAAAUGUAUGAACUGCCUGGCAUGAUUAAGGAUUUAUUUCAUAUUUUAAAUCUUAUCAAAGUUUUUACUUUUUUCAACUGUAGUUACAACUCUAAUGGAACCAUCAGGAAGAGUCAGGGUAACAAUAAUAAUUCUCAUAUUGUUCAUUUAUUUGUUCAUUAGUUAGAAAAUUGAUUGAAGACAAAUUUUGCUAAUGGCUGAGCCUCGGUUCCUUCUCACAAUUAGGGGAGUACAAAGAAAGCCUUUCUCAUACACACCGAUGUAGCUUUCUACCUCUGAAUGCAGUAAUCAAGUGAUUAUGUGUUAUUUAGAUAUAUUUAGAGUGAAAUAAAUGCAAAAUUAAUGCAACCUCUUUCCAACAAGAAACUUUUGUAUGAAGUUUGUAUUAACAAUAUCAAUGGCAAUGUUUCCUUCUUUCAUUACAGCAAUUACUUAAUAAAAUAAUUAAACUUGUGCAUUAUUUAAAACAAUGUUAAUGUUUCUUGACAUGCACACUUGUAUUUUACAUAGUAUCUGCUUUGGCCAUAAAAAGUGGACUACGUAUUCCAAAUUUCCAGUAACUUUCAAUGGAGUUUCAACAUUGCUUACCAAGUAACAGUCAGCUACUCAGGAAAUAAAAAGAACCCAUUGCUUCACUCAUUGCUAAUAUUUCAUAUCACUUCACUUGCAUCCAGCCAGUGGGGUUGGAGGAACAUCCAUUUCAAGUGUGGUUUUAAAUGUUAGGAAACAACCCAGUAAUUCACAACUUCAAAGAAAUUUCUAAGAAAAAUGCAAAACCCUAAUACAGAUACUUCUUGGUUUAUGGAAGAGAUAUGUUCAUAAAGUGAUCAAUUAUCAUAAAAACAUUGUAUAAACAUUAAUUGCCACAAGAAAACAUGUUCCUGGAACAUGAGACACUUCUUUUUUACAAAAUAUGUAGUACAGUACUUUAUUAUACAGUGCAGUUUAGGAAACACCAAGCUAUAUUUCUCUUACUGUAUCUCUUCCUCUUCCAUCCUUGGUGCUGGCUCCAACACAGACUACACCUCAUUCUGAGUGUGGUUCUGUCCAUCAACUGCGCAUGUCGCUCUGAGUUUGGUUCCAAAUCUGUCAUCUCCACAUCAUGUCCUGAGUUUGAUCCACAUCAGUUUGUACACCUUCCGAGUCUGUUUUCUGCAUGUUUUCUUUGACAGAAUAAUGUUAUAGGUGUAUGGAUUUUUUUUCUUUUUCUUUAAUAUGAACUGGUAACAAGCCACGUUACACUGCACAGGAAAAAGUUGAAUUUCCCUCAACAUCUGCCAUUACUCCAAAUGAUGCUCUCACAAGAUUCACAGCAUCCCUUGUCAAUCCUAUCAAAGACUUCUAGCUUUUGCUCCAGGCUUCAAGUCUUCCUAGACUUGUUGCACUAUCAUUACCUGAUGUUGAAGGGUACUUGGGAGCCACGGUACACUCGAGGACAAUUAAGACUGCAGUGAGGUAGUACGUAUGGUAUGGGAGAGAUGUUGACCACUCUAAGAGGGUAGUAAAUGUGAAAGAGCGAGGUGGGAUGUUUGGUAAACUAGAUGUGCAUGCAAUUUGAGUGGGUAUCCAUCAUGUUACUGUAAACAGGUCAUGUAAACUAAAAUUCUGACUGCAGUUUUGACUCAGAGGUUUUCUGACUGCAGUUUUGACUCAGAGGUUUUCUAAAUUCAUGCAAUUUUGAUGCACAUAAAUCGAAAAAUGCCUGUACUUUGGAUCUGCAGAAUAGUAUAAGCAAGAGAAAAGUAACCGAGAUGAGGAAAGUAAUCAACUUUAUAAUAAAAUCAUUGUAAUGCUAAAAGAACAAUCUUACUUGUUUAACCUUCAUAAAAUUGUUUUUAAAGUCAUUUUCAGUUUAGCUGUGGCUGAGUUUUUAAGGAGUUGGUUGUAUUUCAUUUAUUAAUGUCCCUGUCUCUAAAAGAAUGCAGAGGUAUACACCAGGCACUAUAAGAACCAGAGAAAAUCUGCAAAUGACAAUGUCUGCAAAGAACAUGGUUUACCAAGAAGAAACCUUAGCUUUUGUUUAUUUAGUGGUGCACCUUCAGCCAUACAGACCAGGCACUGUAACCUUCAGUGUCAUAAAAGCAUAAUUUUACAAGUGAAAAAAAAAAAUUAAAAACUAUUCACUCACAAAUUCAUUCAUGUUACAAAAAGACUUUAAAAUACUUUAUUUGUUCACUUGCCAAAAAUCUUGAAAAAAUGUGUAUUUAAAUAAACUUAAUCUGCAGUCCAGCCACUGAGAACUACCGUUAAAAAAUAAGUGACCUUUAAAAUAUAUUUUAUUUAUUAAUUCACUUAAAUGCCAGAAAAGUAUAUACCAAAAUUCUAUGAAAAUUAGGCUGUCAAGCCAAGCACUGUGGAACUUCCAGCCAUUCAGCAUCUAAAGAGUAAAAAGAGGAAGUUAUUGGGGCUGGAUAACUAGAGAGAUCCAGAAAAUAAAGGAGAUGAAGUAGUACAAGUAUCUAAAGGUGGAAUUAACAGAAAACCCCACAGUUAUAGUACUAAGAAAUAAUAGUUAAGAGAGGAUGGACAGCAAAACUGAAGGUAGCAGGAAAGGGGUAAAGUAUAAAAGGAUAAAAAGUGGAUGUGGCUGGGGAUGAUGGGACACUGCAACCACCAUUUAGUAAUGCUUAUGGUGCACCAUAUGAAGUACUCUGACAGCACUACCCUCCUACACGGAUGUUUGGAUAGUAGCCAUAUGUUAACAAUAAAUGUUGUUGAUACAGGUUUUAGAAGCAAGUUACCCCAGCUUUGGGAUGGAAUUGUCAACUGCAGACCAUGAUUUAACUAUACACUCAGGAGUUACUUCAAUUGUACCAAAGAUACUUUGGAUUUUACUGACAGCUUUAAGAACUAACCAUGAUGGUUAAUGCAGAAUGUAUUUGGAGUUUUAACAACAUUUUCAAGUUUGACAGAUCAAAAAUGUCCAAACAAUUCUGGUAGACAGGAGUAGUAUUAACUGUCUUCGAGUUAAUCUCUUACUAGCCUUUGCAUUUAUUUUUUUUCUAAAAUGUUUGUUAGUUGAAAGUCAAUUAACUGAUAACCUAACCCUGUUAUUAGAUCACAUUCACUUUCCUUAUGAUUCAGCCAGUCUUGUUUGCUUGCAUGGUGUUUUUACGUUGCAUGGAACCAGUGGUUAUUCAGCAACGGGACCAACGGCUUUACGUGACUUCCGAACCACGUUAAGUGUGAACUUCUAUCACCAGAAAUACACUUCUCUCACACCUCAAUGGAAUGCCCGGGUUCAGCCAGUCAGUUGCCUUAAUGCCCUCCUUUAUUACAGUCGCAUUCACUCACCCAUGAUUUAAGACAAUUAGUUGCCUUACCUUUCUCCUGUAUGAGAAUCAUGGUAUCUUCAUAAGAGAGCUUGGGAAUAUUUUGUUCUGAGCUGAAGCUGUAUACAAUGUAAUCCAGAAUAACUCUUCCAGAUUCAUCAGUAACCUGGCAUGUAGAAGACAGAGCAACUUGGACUUAUUGGUCUAUGUUGCACAAUGUGAAUCACUGCCUGGUAUGCUGUACAAAUUUUAUUGUAUAUUGUAUGUUCAUGAUGUUUCAGGGUAUAUGUAUAAUUAUUAGACAAUUUUAAGCAUGUACAAGUUUGUACCUUAUGCAUAAUCCAAGGAGGAAGUAUUUUUGUUAUUGGAAGAAAGAAGUUUCAUCCUUAAAGUCAGAUAAGGGUCAUUUUCUGUGUACAAAAAUACUUGAAAUCACUAAAAUAACCAUCCACAGAUGGAUUACCCAGAAUCAGUUAACAUUACUGAGACCUGGUAUGGUUUCAUGAACUAUGUAAAGCAUGAUAGGAAAAGACUGAGGAAGGCUUGAAUUUAAAGACAAGUAUUUCCAAAGCAAACUGGGGAUUUGUCAUGAUCCCUAAAGCCUGCUGCUAUGAAGCACAUAUCCCAAAAUACAAAGCAAGUCCGUCGACACAGGGGAAGAACACUUCUCCUUCCUUACACACCCUCUUGGCAGGAGACGAGGGAGGAGAUGCAUCACACUUGCUCACAGCCCUCUCAGCAGAGAAGGCAGCAAACCUGUCCUCUAAAACAGAGUCCAAUCUCUUGAGAACCACCUGACAUUAAGCCUCGGACAGAUACGCAAGAGAGGACGCAGACGCCAUAGUUGGAAGAGGAUACGUCACGGAUGGCAGCAAUGAUGUUAUGGGAGCAAACGAUGAUGACACAGGAGCGAGAGGUAGCACAACAGCAGUCCCAAACGACAACACCAACAUAGCUGGGAGUGACGUCACCGAUGGAGCUGGGAGUGAUUUCAUGACUUCCCCUGACCCGAGCUAGCGGCUAACAUGAUACCCAGGCGGUGCAAUAUAAGAUGUCUGACCACAAGCACCAAUCUAGAGGAGGACGAGGAGGAGGAGGAGCCGCUCAAUGAAAUGUAUCAACAACCGCUCCAAGAAGGGAGAACCCCGUAGACAAGCAAUACCCAGAGCGCUGCCAUUUUGGACACCUCCAACUCUGGAACAAAAGAAACAGAUGAAACAGCCUCCUCCCUCCCAGGAAGCAAAUUAAUACCUGAGGAAGAGGGGACAACAUUACUCAUCAAAUAAGCCUGAGGACCUCCUGAUACUUCCAAUGAUGAAUCAAUGGAAGAAAAGGAAGGAGAAACAGAUACACAAACGCUAGUAUCAUGGGGUGUGACUGAGGGAGAAGACGAAGCAUCUAGGCAAGGAGAAGAAAACCCUUCUCAAGAGGGAAGAGUUGAAACUCUGCGAUGCUCCCUCUUACUAUAUAAUAACUUCCACUGCGAUCUAGGCUACGCACAACAUUCCAGGCAGGGAUUCAUCACUGUACAGAAAUUAGAACGGCACCUACUGCAAGUCGAAUGGGGGUCCAUAGCAGACGAAGCCAGGAAACAAAAACAAGGGAAACCUUGAACAAUCGGGCACAUACGCUGAUGAGGCCGUGAAGAUUCAGGGGAAGCCAUACUAACAUGCACACACACACACAGCAAUUGUGUCACUCCCCAAGGCAGUUAAGAAAAAGACUAACGUGAUGGCGUGGGUUGUGCGGUCUUUGACCAGCUUUCACCCAAUAUGCACCCGCCUUGCCAGAUUUCACAGAUUCCUUGCUUUACAAUCACAGAUUGUUUAGCCGGUUCCAGCUAGGCACUUGAAAGUUAUCCUAUUGUUAAGACCAAAGGUUUGUUUCGCGUAUGAACAAAUAAAAAGUAAGUCUGUCAUUGGGGACAACAAACUAAUAACUUUCUGGCAUAUACCUUGCUGUAUGUUCUCAUUUUUAUGCACUGAUCCUGUUCUAAAGAUGAACAACAGUUACACAGUUUUGCAUAUUUACAUAGGUGGCUAAAUUCAAAAUACAUGUAACAUGGUAAAGGUUUAGGUUUAACCUGCCAGACCAAAAGUCUUUAAUUUUCAAUGUUUAUGUUGAAAGGUACAUCUGUCGGUUACUUUUCUUCUCUAUAUAUAGCAAAAGCAACUGGCUACAUUUCUUCAGGCACUGCAGACUUUGUUAUGAUGGAAACCACAACAUUCGUAUAGUUUGUCAUUUCAUGAAAACAUGGCAAAUUCUUAAUCAAUUUGCAUUUUUCAUAGCUUCCAAACCUGAGGUCUUAACAAUAGGAUUAAAUCUUCUAUCACCAACUGAAAACAGGUUAAAAACAAUCAAAGAUUGUAAAGCAAUGAACCUGUGGUAUCUAGCUACCCAUAUGUAUACGAGGUGGAAUCUGGUCACUGACCAAGCUUGGGACCUCAGGAUGUAUGUUUUUUUUCCAAACCCAGUACACAAGAGGGGCGGCUAGAGGAGGGGAGUAUAACGUUAAGACCUCAGGUUUGUAAGCUAAGAAAAAUGCUAUCUAUUAAAAAUUUGUCAUUUGUUCAUAUGCGGAACAAACCUUCAGUCUUAACAAUGGGCUAGACUUAUACUUGGAGGGAGGUAGAAGUACCCUGAACCAGCUAUGCAUAAAGGCUUUUCAUUCAACGUACAAAGAGCACCUUCAGGCAGCUAUUAUCAACUGUUAGUCUAGUGACAGCCGUAUAUUCCUUUGGUCCCAUACGAUAAUAUGUACUUUUGUUGCUUUUUUUGCAAACCUCUUGACUUUUUUUCCGAUAUUCCAUUUCAUUUACCUACAGUCCUAUUAUAUCAUCUGUUCAGAUGCUGAGGUUAUUGAGACCUCAAGCAGUGAGGCAUUCAAACAACCUUCACAGCUUGUAUUACCCAUUUCAGACAAACAUUCCAAAUAUUAUUUAACCAUCAUAGCUGGCCUUAUUCUUUGAUUAGUAUCAAAGAUAGAAAGCAUUCCAUUUGCAAUAACUUCUUCAAGUUUAAAAGAACAAAUCAAGGUUUUCCUUAGAUAGAUUGACCUGUAAGCAUAAUAGUACUGACCUCUGACCCCUUAACGGUUUAAGCAAGUUGUUAGAUCACUCCUUAAAUAAAAUUCUUUUAAGAGAACAUCACCCUUUUCUUCUUAAUCUCCUUCUGUCAGGCAAUAAAUAAAUUCCUCAACUUAAUUCUCAGUUUUCCUGCUAGAUAUACUAGUAUACUGCCAGUAUCAGAACCAUUUCGAUUCUUUUUCAUACCUUGCAUGAAAGAUUGGCCCAUAAAAAUGUUUAGCUUAUCAAAGAACAUCUGAAAGUGAUUGUUCUGAGAUCAUAUAUCCUUCUCAAUGUGUGCCCUCAUUAAUCUACUGUUCAAGGAAACCCUCUAACUCUAGCUGCGGGAGGGUUUUCUUUUGAUCCCCCAAUACUGGAUAUAAAAUUUUUACUGGGAUGAGCAAUGAUGAGUCAAAGAGUAGCAUUAUUUGCUCCCUUUCAUUAACUUACCUUUACACAGAACUGGGUUUAGUGCCUAUCUUCAUAUGCUACCUCCUACUAAAGAGGGGUUGCCAAGUUUUUCAUUCCAAACAAAAUAUGAGAGGGAAUAUUAAGCAAUUACUACUAAGGCAUCACCUUAAUUGCUAUGGUCAUAUCUUUUACCCAAAAUACUGUAUACAAAGUAAGUUGUACUCUUGUUAUACCUUUAGCCACGAAAGUUACCUAACCAACUCCAUGUCAUGAGCAUGUAUUACAUAUUGUUAAACAUGUUAACAUGUUGACAGUGUAUACAUUCCUACCUUACAAAAGCAAUAGCAAUACCCUGUUUAAAUCAAGCUUAUGUCCCAUCUGUCAUUGCCUUAUUCUGGUACAGUUUAUACCUUGUACCUAUGGUUCAACUUAGGACUUACCAUUUGCUAGGUUGGGUUACUUAUUCUCCAAGCUACAGUCCACAGAACAUCUAUUUGGAGUUACUGUUCCUAGCUUUUUGAAGGACAUCCAAAUAUUUUAUUUUUUCUCUCUAUAAAGUAUUUUUAUGCCGAGAUAACACAAAAUUUACAUGUUAAGGAACAUAGUUGCUCACCUUAUG